AUGUCUACGCCCGCCGCCGCACCAAUUCUAGAUUUCUCUCCUUUCUAUGGAGAAGACAGUGAAGCAAAGUCGAAAUUGAUCGACGAAGUGCGCAAGUGUUGCCACUACAAUGGAUUCUUCCAAAUUACUGGUCACCACGUUCCGCUUGACUUACAGCGCCGCGUGAUGAAUUGUUCAAGGCGCUUUUUCGACCUUCCUCUGGAGGAGAAACUCAAGAUUGACAAGAACCACAAUUCUUUUAACAGAGGCUACGAACUCCUGCGAUCGCAAAUGCUCGAGGUAGGCACCGGCCCCGAGCUCAAAGAAGGCCUAUACAUUGGCGAAGAAAUUCCCACAGACCACCCAUAUUACCUCGAAAAUAAAUUGAACAGUGGCCCCAACCAGUGGCCCCUGACUGUACCGGAGAAGGAGGAAUUCCAAAAGACAACUAUGGAAUACUAUCACGAAGUAUUCGAACUGGCGAAAAUGUUCUGGGAGUUCGCUACGAUGCGAUACCUGCACUAUCCGGCUCAGCCGAAGGAUACUGAUGAGAAAUUGAACCGUGGAAUUGGAGCGCAUACCGAUUUCGGAUGCAUUACUUUGCUGUUACAGGAUGAGGUGGAUGGGUUGCAAGUAUUGGAUGCUCCAACUGGACAAUGGCUAGAUGUCAAACCGGUUCCAGGCGCCUAUGUGGUGAAUUUGGGCAAUCUAUUCAUGCGCAUGGCAAAUGACAAGUACAAAUCUAACACUCAUCGGGUCAUCAACAAAUCUGCCCGGGAGCGGUACUCCAUUCCCUUCUUUUUCAGUGGAAACCCAGACUACAUUUGCGAGUGCUUGCCUAACUGUCGUGAAGAGGGAGAGCACGCCAAGUACGGACCAAUUACAGUGCAGGAUAUGGUUACUGCCUCUUACAAGGAGAGCUAUGGCCGGGCAGAAAAGUACAAGAAGGAUUUGGAAGGCAAGAAGCCGGAGCCAUUGCCCGCCGUUGCAGCAGUUGGUGCUUAA